GCAUGGCAGCUUUACAGGCACUCUUAAACUCGCUGUCCCCCGGCAAGCCCGACGAGCCAAAUGGCGGGAAGUUGACUAAUGACCAAGUCCGAAGGCUUUCUCAUAAGAUUGACGAGAUCCUAGGCGAGGCCCAGGAGGAUGGUACACGACGCAACGAGAAGGGUGAAGUGCGUACGCCACAUUCUUCGACGUAAUUGCAGUUCAAUGAUCGUCGGAAUAUGUAUACAGCUCGUCGACGAGGAGGGACUGCCCAUUAUCGAAAUUAACGAACCAGUAACUGCUGCCGACUUCGCUUUCAGGCCUGACCCCGACAGUACCUUUGACGAUCCAGACUUGCUUCCCCUCUGGACGCUCUCUCUUGAAGAAAAGGCUCGCAGGAAAGGAGAACGUGAACGCAUACUCAAUCUGCUCGAGGAAGAGGAGCAUGCGCAGGAAGCUCACGAUGUUGAGGCGUCUCGGAAACGCACGGAGCAAGAGAUGGACAAGCGGAAAGAGGCGGCCAGGGAAGAGAUGGACAAGUUGAAGAAGGCUCGGGAGCUACAGAAGAAGCUGGGCAGGGCCCUGAUCAGAAGCGUAGUUGAAAGCCGAGACCAGGCGGAUAAAGAGAAGGCUGAACAGGUUGAACGCGAUCGGUUUGCGGACGCCCAGAAACCAUUGAAGCCGAAGAAGUCGGUCAGCUUCGCCGAGACCAGUCCUGUGGAGAUUCUGUGUCCCGCGAAUGACGAUAAGGGAAAGGGUGUGGAUUGGGGCGAUGUUGUGCCUGGGACUAUUCGCAAAAAUCCAGCAAACGGUCGCUCGGAUAGACCGACCAUGAAGAUGCACGUGGUCGAACGUUACUCUGGUGGUUUGCGCUCACCCGGUCCGCCUCCUCGCGACUCGGACGACGAAUCAGAACCCGAAGAUUAUUCGGAUCAGGAUUUCGAUCAGCACGAAAGCCCCGGAGUUCACUCUGAGUCCGACGAGGACUAUGGUCGAGACGCACAUUUACCGCCUUCUGAGUCUGUUGACAGCGAAGACGACCAUCAUUUUGACGAAGAGCCUUCAGAAUGGAACGACAUUGAUUUUGACACGGCCGCCCACCAGCGCGAAGUAGCUCUCGAAUAUUACGAGAAGCGGAAGACAAUCGGCGCCGAUGUUGCGAGUGCAAUGCGAGCGCACACACAUGGCACAGGCGAGGGUGAAUGGGAUCAACCAGUGUGUACUCCCGCUACUUAGUCGAGCACUGGUCUGAUGCGUCUCGCUCAGGAGGUACCACUCGAGGCAACGUUCGCAUCGGCUCCGCCGAAACCUUCUGUCUCGCGAUUCAAAGUCGAUCGCCAUGCACACCCUCCGCCAAACACCGGCUCGCUCGCCUCGCAUUCUCUGGAAGCCGCCGUUCUGCCAUCAUCUCAGUCGGCUUCUCUCAAGACCGCUCUACGUAUGGGGAAGCUUGAAAAUGGACGGCUUGCUGGGGGUCAGGAUGGCGAGAGUGAAGACGAGAUCACCGUCGAAGACGAAGAUGCAAGGCAGUUCUUGGAAAUGCUGCGGAGGGGCGAAGUAACGAACGCAGGCCCGCUGCCGGUCCUCGCCGCUGCCCAGUCUACUGGCCCCUCCAUCAUGUCGAACGGUUCAACACCGGCUAACAUAGAGAUAGGGACCGCAAUAACCCCCACUCAACCAUCAAAUGCUACCCAGGAGCCGAAGAGGUUGAAGGUAUCCAAGUUCAGGCUCGCACUCUCACAGCCAGGAACAAGUGGCGGACAGACAUCCCCGAACUUAGGCUCAGCCAUGUCUACACCCGUUGAUGUUGUCGAGCGUUCGUCACCCAAGAUGCACCCGACAGGCAACACCACACCCGAAACCUCCUCGUCUGGCCAUCCGCUCCCCAAGCUAGCCACUACUCGAUCCAUCACCGGGGGAUCACUCCCUCCUUCCGCUUCUGCCUCCCCCGCUCCGCGGCAGACGCCUGGAAUGGUUGUUGAGUCACCAUCCUUCAGGCCGAUGACUUCCAAAACGACGACUCAGCCUGCUGCAGCUUCUGGAUGUUCGCAGGGCGUACCCUUUCACAGCGUCAUCUUGGAGUCACCUUCCUUUAUUUCACCUAAGGUCUCGCCAUCGUCAGUUUCUUCUUCGUCCACGGUGAUUGGUACUCCCGUCUCAGGCCCAACUUCGUCCUUGUUGUCAACACCCGCGUCUCCUGUGACUCGAGCUCCUCUUCGCGCUGGUGUGGUGGAACGAAAGCCGCCUGCUGUGGUGAAGCCGACCGUCCGUGAGGCGACUGCCUCGGGCGCGUCAGAUGGCAGCUCCCAGAGCAUGGAAAGGAAACAAAAGGUGUCGCGGUUCAAGGCGGAGAGGGCUUGAAAGAUAUCAGUACAAGCCGAUUCUGUUGUAUUUUAGGUGUAUCUAUGGACAACACUUGCUGCAUCGGGUGCUACCGGCUCAAACCAUGCGCGUGCGAUGUCUGUAAAAUGGCCCCGCAGCUGAAUAAUAGCUAAGUGUGGGUUAUCUUACGGACUAACGGUAUCUUUCAGACGUCCUUAGCACAUUCAGUGGAAGAAGUUGAAUCGAUCCUGUUGACAGCUGGUACGUCAAUGAUGCCUGCCCUCCUGCGAUGUUCUCACCAAUAUGGUCUUUCUGUAGGUACACAGACCGCGCAUUGCUGUCCCAAACCUUGCAUUCGAGUUACAAUAUGAAAAUAUCCGGGACCUGAUCUCGAGACAACGAUGUUAAUCGCACACCAAGAUCCUCGCUUACUUACAAUGCCUGGUCUGUCUUUAUGCACGGCGAUAUUAACAGUUGUGUUUUUAACGACAGCAUGGAGCAGGGACAUCAAAUUUUGAAUGGCUGCGGCUGCGUAUUCUUAUCAAUAUGAUGGUAUAUGCGCGGGAGGUUCUGAUAUAGCCGGAGGCUGAAGGCAUAGGAAGUAGUUAGGAAGAAGUUAUCGAUUGGUGUUGUAACAGUUGGCAGGCAGCCCGCUGAUAUUGGAGCAGAGCUGAUGUCUGCAGUGGACUGUCGAACAGCGCCCCAGAGAGAAACGAGGACGCCCACCCUCCGAGAACGUGUAUGUCUCGGUGUAUCAUACCUCAUCAUCAGUGGUCGCGCUCUCCAGUUCCUGCCAGCUGGGGAGACCGAAUGCUUCCGGCAACUGCUCCCAAGCGAGUUGUCGCCCCUCCUCCGCGUCCGCCUCCAGAGCCUUCCUACAUUCCAUGCAAAACCGCUUGAAGGUCCGUUUCGGAAGGGGAUCCAGGAACCCGUCAGGCUUUGUGUGCUUCGUCAAGUACUGCAAUCGCUGGGUGUCGCAGUCCCCGAAGCAAUCGCCCAUCUGGAAGAGCCGAGGCAGGACGGAUUCGCGAGCCCGUGAAUAAAGUGCACUUUUGCCUCUUAGAAGACAGCGCUGAAGUUUCGGGCUGAGGACUAUAUGUUUGCCCCGCGCGUAGAUGCCGUCGAUUAUGGGUCCAGCGGUCUCGUCGCUAGAACAGCGUUCUAGCUUCAGGAGGGCAUAGGGAAGUAGAGACGGUGCAGCUUUGUCGAGAGCAGCUGCCAAGGCAACUAUUUCUGGUAUGGUUCUGAACGGAUAUAUGAAUGAUUUGUCGUUCUUGUGCUUGUCCGUGAGGAUAUCGUACGCCGAAAGCGUCGCUGGGAAGUAGGGUACAAGGGUCUUCACGAUCUUCUGGCGAAGGCUAUUGGUUUCGUACUUGACGCUUAGUUCUAGGAGAGCAACGAUGGAAUACGCAUUGGUCAUCAAUGAUUCCGGAGGGCUACAGAUUG